UGGGUUACCAAAUAAAAGAAGAAGAAGAAGCAGAAGCAGAGUGUGUGCAAAAAGAAGUAGCCAACAAAAGAUAAACAAACGAAAACCAGUACAAAAAGCAAACACACUUUAUGGCAGUGCGGCGAACUCGACAGCGCUCAAACUGUUGCAUUGGCGAAACCCGAUUGAGUGUGAGUGAGUUCACUAGCGGAGUGCAUUCCAAGCGGCGGCGACGACUCAAGCGCUGCGCGUGUAUCUGUGAGAUGUGCUGCAUGUAUGCGUUCGCCCGGUGGUGACUCAACGCGUGCGGUGUGCGGCUGCACUUUCGUAGAUAACGCGGCGAAUUGGUAGCGCGCACUUUAUUGUUGUUUUUAUGCUCGCUUUUUUGCCUUUUCGUUUGAGCGUGUGUUUGUAUGUAUAAAAUGUAUGUAAAUAGUAGAGCAAGAAUGCCACUGAAGUGCUAGAUAAAUUCGCCGCAGCUAAAGCAGAUAGCGGAUAGCGGCCAUACAAUUUCUUGCAUUUGUCUGCGUGUAUAUGUGCCGUUGACUUUUUCGGCAGCUCGCUAUGCUCGGCACUUCGUGCUUACAAUAUCAACACUGUGUGUGUGUGUAUUGUUGCUUUUGUUGUCGGCAUUGUUGUUGUUGUUUUGCACUGUUUUAUACUCGUAUUGGGCACAACACUGCUGGCUCGCCGUGCGCUGUAUGCCUGUCGAUGCUCAUAGAUUUCAGUAUCGCAGAGAUAUUCGACGUGAACGGUUCGUUGGUGCGACGAUUUGCUGCGACACAACGGUAUUUGCUUAGAUACGAAGCGCGUAGCGAAAAGCGGCGCCGCGUGUGAAGUGAAGUGUUACAACGAGUGUAUGAUGUACAUAUGUAGCAAACAUUAGAUAGGCUAUAUAACAGCAAUACACAACAACAAUAUAGAGUAAAUUUAUAUAAAAUAUUUAAUCAUAUAAUAAGCAGAGGCGCGACGACGAUAGUGUUGAAGUGACAACAAUCAAGUGAAAUAUUAUAAAUAAAUAAAUAAUAUUAAAUUAUCUACAUUCAUGCAUGUACUAAGUAUGUGUGCGUGAAAACAAAAAAAAAAUUGCUAAGUAUGUUUGUAAGCAAGUGGAAAUCAAAGAAAUUCCAAAGUUCGAUUUUUCAUAAUUUAUUUCACAGCUAAACUAAAAUAUAUAUAAUACUUAUAUAGACAGAUAUAUGUACAUGUGAGUAUAUCUGCCGAUUCGUGCACAUGUAAGUGCGUGUGUGUGUGCACGUGCGCGUACCGCUACCGUAAACAGCAGCGGUGAUCAGCGAUCAGCAGCAGCAGCAGCAGCAUCGUGAGUGCUUUGCACUUGAAAAAAUUCUAUAAUAUACCAAAAAUUCCUAGAACUUUACGAAUGAGAGUGAAUUUUGAAUUGAACACAAAAACUUAGUUAAAAUUCAGCUCAAAAACAUUAUUGACAAAAAACAAAAACAACCAAGUAAACAAACGAAAAAUAAACAAACAACACUCAACAGAAAAAUCAACAUUGCAUCAAUUAAGACACGCUGUCGCCUGGAGAAGCAGCAAAAUUCAACGAAAGCUAUUAUGAAAGUGCAUAGAACAGCGAGUCAAUUGCAGGUUUUAAUAAUACAAUCUAAAGUCAAAGUCAAAACAAAAACGUUGCUGCAACAACAAAAGCAACGGUUAAUUGAAUUACUAAAGCAACAACAACAGCAACAACCCACGCUAAAACAAACACGAAAUUUCAAUUGGACUGCUGCAGCAGCAGCAACAGCGGCACUUAACGAGAAACAACAACAACAACCACGCAAACAAAAACAACAACAAUAUCAACGCAACAACGAAGGUGAGCACACUUUGCUCCUCCGCACACAGCAAAUACCAACACAAUUGCAACACAGCAAAUUGGCUUAUAUAGCGUUGUUGUUGUUGUUAUUGCAACAGCAGCUGGUGCAGUCAUCGUGGCUGGUUAACACUGCAGUGCCGGCAAAUAAAUCAAAAUUAAACUCUUUAAGACGGAGGGACUAACAUUCGCAUUGCUGGCGGGCCCCAUGGGCCAGGCUGCAAGUAUGUGCCGAUUUCGUGGAUGUCGCUACAAAAAGAAUAAGUCGAAUAAGAAUACAACAACGACAACAACAGCAACGACAGCUAAUAGUACCACACCGGCUGCAACGGCGUCAACAACGCCAACAAAUACAAAUACGGCGAACAGUUCGCCAGUAUCAGGCCUACAGCUGCGUAGCAUUGAAGAGCCGAGUGCGCAGUGCCAAACACCGACACAUCAUUACCAUUACACCAGUCGUAUGCCGACGGCGGAGCAGGGGGGCACAGGGUGCGUAAGCUUUGAAAACGCCAAUGCGUUAAAUCAGCGUACCGGUGUCCCCCUGCAACUGCAACAAACUACACAAAAUCAAUAUCAUCAUCAGCAACAGCAACAACAACAACAAAACCCGCACACCAUGCAACAUACAACACAAAAAGGCUACGAUGCCGAACAGGCGCGCAUGGAAGCGUGGAUGGAUGAGAAUCAAGAAUUUGUACAGGAUUAUUUCAUAAGAAAAGCCACACGUCAGGUUGUUGAUGCCUGGCUCGUUUCACAUGCCACCACAGCUGGCAAUGAUGUCUCGCUGACUGGCUCACCUACACAUACAAACGGUCAGAGUUGCUCAUCACGCGGUGGCUCGGGCGCAACAACGCCAGUGAGAAAAAUAUCAGCACAUGAAUUUGAACGCGGCGGUCUGCUGAAGCCAAUUGUCAACACCAUUGACGGUACACCGACAUUCUUAAGUGUAGGCACACAAAAUGAUUGCUCAACAAAUAGCAGCAGCAAUAUUGGUGGCGGCGGCGGUGGCGGCGGCGGUGUCGGUUAUAGCAUUGGUGGUAGUAAUGGCAAUAAUGGCAUUGGCACUGUCGGUGGCAACUAUAAUGCUGCCAAUGGCACGAGCACACUGGCUGCUCAUCACUAUCAUCAUCAUCAUCAUGGACAGACGACGCAUGGCUACGGCACAAUGGGCUACUAUCGGCCGCAACGUUUGUCACGCAACGAAUUGAAGGCGCUGGAUGAAAAGGAGCUCAUUUUUGAACUGGUAAAGGAUAUCUGCAACGAACUGGAAGUGCGUACAUUGUGUCAUAAAAUACUGCAGAAUGUUUCAAUAUUAUUGAAUGCAGAUCGUGGCUCAUUGUUUCUAGUGCAGGGCCGUUGCAAUACCGGCAAUGAUGGACCAAAGAAAUGUCUCGUCUCUAAAUUGUUCGACGUUUGUCCACGCAGCACCGUGGAAGAGAUGGAACAGCAAGAGGAAGUGCGCGUUGCUUGGGGGUCAGGCAUUGCUGGACAUGUCGCCGAGAGCGGUGAACCGGUUAAUAUACCAGAUGCAUAUCAGGAUGAGCGCUUCAAUGGCGAAAUCGACAGCAUAACUGGCUACCGAACGAAAGCGCUACUUUGUAUGCCCAUUAAGGAUUCAUCGGGCGAUGUCAUCGGUGUGGCGCAGGUCAUUAAUAAAUUAAAUGGUGAAUGCUUCACUGAGGCCGAUGAGAAGGUCUUCGCCUCUUACCUGCAAUUCUGUGGCAUCGGCUUGCGUAACGCUCAACUUUACGAGAAAUCCCAAUUGGAAAUUAAACGUAAUCAGGUCUUACUCGAUUUGGCGCGUAUGAUCUUCGAAGAGCAGAGCACCAUUGAGCAUAUGGUAUUCCGUAUACUAACACACAUGCAGAGUCUCAUACAGUGUCAGCGUGUACAGAUCUUGUUGUUGCACGAGGCAUCGAAGGGCAGCUUCUCGCGUGUGUUUGAUUUCGAAGCGAAUGAUCUCAGUCAAGAGGAGAAUACGUCACGUACGAGUCCGCAUGAGUCACGUUUCCCCAUAAAUGUGGGCAUCACCGGCUAUGUGGCAACAACUGGUGAGACUGUGAACAUACCAAAUGCUUAUGAAGAUGAUCGCUUCGACGCCAAUGUCGAUAAUGAGGGCAACUUCAAGCACAAGUCCAUAUUAUGUAUGGCAAUCAAGAAUUCACUGGGUCAAAUAAUUGGCGUCAUACAAUUGAUCAACAAAUUUGAUGAUCUGAACUUUACCAAAAACGAUGAGAACUUCGUCGAGGCAUUCGCCAUCUUCUGCGGCAUGGGCAUACACAACACCCAUAUGUACGAGAAGGCGAUCGUGGCGAUGGCCAAGCAAAGCGUCACACUGGAGGUGCUGAGCUAUCAUGCAUCGGCAACGAUUGAUGAGGCGCAUCGCUUGCGGCGUCUGCGCGUGCCAUCAGCUGCGCAUUUCCGGUUACAUGAUUUCCGGUUUGAUGAUAUACACUUCGAGGAUGAUGAUACAUUGAAGGCCUGCCUUCGCAUGUUCCUCGAUCUGGACUUUGUUGAGCGUUUUCACAUCGACUACGAGGUGCUUUGCCGUUGGCUAUUGAGCGUUAAGAAGAAUUAUCGCAAUGUUACUUAUCAUAAUUGGCGACACGCCUUCAAUGUGGCACAAAUGAUGUUCGCCAUACUAACGAUUUCCCAUAAUGGACAGGCGACGCAAUGGUGGAAGAUUUUCGGUGAGAUCGAGUGUUUGGCAUUGAUUAUUGGUUGCUUGUGUCACGAUUUGGAUCAUCGGGGGACUAACAACUCCUUCCAGAUUAAAGCCUCUUCACCAUUGGCUCAACUGUAUUCGACCUCCACUAUGGAACAUCAUCAUUUCGAUCAGUGUUUGAUGAUUUUGAAUAGCCCUGGCAAUCAGAUACUGGCAAAUUUGUCAUCAGAUGAUUAUUGUCGCGUUAUACGCGUGCUGGAGGAUGCCAUAUUAUCGACGGAUUUGGCGGUGUAUUUUAGAAAACGUGGUCCCUUCUUGGAAUCUGUGAAGGAACAGCCCCUCAGCUAUUGGGAGGCUGAUGAGCCGCGUGCUUUAUUGCGUGCUAUGAGCAUGACUGUCUGUGAUUUGUCGGCUAUUACGAAGCCGUGGGAGAUUGAGAAGCGUGUAGCCGAUUUGGUGAGUUCGGAGUUCUUCGAACAGGGCGAUAUGGAGAAGCAGGAAUUGAAUAUAAUGCCCAUUGAUAUCAUGAAUCGCGAGAAGGAAGAUGAAUUACCAAUGAUGCAAGUCAACUUUAUUGAAUCCAUAUGCUUGCCAAUUUACGAGGCUUUUGCCAAUCUCUCCGACAAACUGGAGCCACUGGUCGAGGGUGUGCGCGAGAAUCGCGAGCAUUGGAUCGAUCUGGCGCAACAAGUACAAAAGAAAGAAGAAAAGAAUGCAAUUGCCAACAACACAAAUGGCUGCGCCGACACGAUCAAGCAGAAUGGUUGCAUUUCGGAUGGACGCACUGAUGAUCUGACUGACGAGAACGGCACGACAAACAUAACGAACUGCGACAGCAAUGCCGACGAUGGCAUAUCCACAGGCGCUGAGUGUGAUAUCGACGAGCAAAGUGAUGGCAAAAAUCCACAAGAAAUCGAUAAAUGCAACAACGAUGACGAUGAUAAUGACGAGGAGGACGUACAUCUGUGCGCCGAGGAGGAGGAGGCGGCCAUCGAAGCGGACGACGAUGACUCCGAUGUGGAGGCGGCACGUCAUUCCAACGGCUGUUUCUCAUCCGGCUCGAGUCGUUUGAGCACACCACCGCCGACCGGCGAAGAUGAGAGUCUACCCACGUCGCCGAUCAAGACGACACAGGCGAAACUGAUUGCGGCAAAUUUGAAUAAUCUUAAUCAGCGCACACUCAAGUCGGCGGCACGCAACUGCUGUCGCAGCUGUGACUAUAUACGCUGCAGCAGCAAUAUGCGCAAGGCCUCGUCGCUCAAGUGCACCAAAGAGUUGCAGCAACAACAACAACAACAAUUGAAUACACAAAACGGCGGCGGCAACUGCGGUUACUACAGUCGCAGCGCGCCCGCCAUGAGCGGCUGUGGUGUGACGAGCACUGCGGCUGGUCAACAAAAUCACAGUGAGAGCCAGGCUACUCCGCAACACCAUCAUCACCACCAACAUAACCACCACCACCAUCGGCAUCAUCAUCAUCAUCACCACCACCACCACAGCAAUCAACAUGCGUCACACACUGGAAACGGCGCCAUCGGCACUGGCAACACCUCGAGCGGCGCCGAAAGUGAUCGGAUACCGAAAAUUGUCGGUAAACUGGGCAACAUUGACAGCUUGCAAUAUCUCGCGAGUGGUGGCAAUGGCGCCGGUGAUGCGCUGCUGCAGGCAAAUGCUGGCAAGGCUGGCACACCGAAUGGCAUCGCCUUCACACCAAAUGGUCAUGUCAUCCACUUCGCCGCCAGCGAUGUACCCACGCUCGUCGUCUCGCCGACGGCGGCCACAACAACAACAGCAGCAGCGGUGACGGCGACAAGCGCAUGUGAUAAAUGAAGCGUUUAAGCGAAGUGCGAGUGCGAAAGCUUUGUUGCAAUUAGUGUGGUUAUGUAUUUAGUAUGUACAUACAGAUGUAAGUGUAUGCGCUGGUCAUGGCUUCAAGUGCAUAUAAUUGUAGUGAGAGCGCGGUGAGUGCGGCCAUUUGUGGCUCAAAUGCCUGCGCUUACAGUUCAACAGGAAGGCAAAUAUGCUAAUUAUAAGUAAAUUUUUGACUAACGGUAUUUGCUAACUGUAUUGCAGUUGUUUCAGUCUUCGUUUGAGUGUUUUGUGAAUCUAUGUGCGCUGCUGUUUGGAGUUUGCAAAGGGGUCUUGAGUUAGAAUUCGUCGACAUUUCUCAGUUUUUUGCUGCUCAUAUUGAUUUAGUGAGUCUAAAUAACUGUUAAAAGCCAUGUUGUUUAAUGCUGAAAAGAGUUUGUGAACAUUUAUAAGGGUGUUUUGUAAGACUGUUCUGAUGGUUUUGCAGUGUCUAUUUGUAUAUAAGGCAACUUACAGACAAGCAAAUACUAACUUUAACUAUUUAUUUUUGCUUAAACUAAUUGAAAACUUAAAAUAUUUUAUAUUUUAUGGUUCAAAAAUAAUAUUUUGAAGAAGAGUUAAUAUUUAAAUUUUUUUUUUUUAAUUUUCAAAAUUAAUUUACUGUUUUUUAAAUAAUAUUUUUUUUGAAAAAAUACCUCUUUUCUGAUAAAGUAUACAAAUAUUUAUAUUUUAUUUAAAAUUAUAAAAAAUAUUUCCAUAAACUGAAAUCAGAAUUUUAGUUUUCAACAUUAAAGCAUAUUAAAAAUAGUAUUUCUUUGAUUUUUUGAAAAGUCUCCAAAUAAAGUCUACCAUAGAAGCGAGUAUCAGGCGUAAGAUUAAAUAAACAUGAGUAGUCAGCUUCAUUCUUAGCACUAUAAUAAGCAACAAAAAUCUAAAUAUUAAACAAAAUACAAAAUAUCUAGCAAGCACCGAACAGUGGAGCAAACUCUGUAUUCUCCACAUAAAAAAAAUAAUAAAUUAUAAAAGUGCAUACUGAAGCAGCAGAAAAAAAGCAAAUACUAAAUGAAAUUAGCUGCAAUUAAUUAGCCAACUUCCUACACUAUGUGUGUACAGUUAUUAGAAACUUAACGUUGAUUGAUGAUUUUUUGUAUAUACUAUAUAUAUAUAUAUAUAUAUAUAUAUAUAUAUAUAUAUUUCCUUUACUCUAAUUUUCUGCUAUGUCUCAAUAGUGAUAUGUAUCUGAAUGUGUAUAAAUUGAUUUUUUAUGUUUGUCUGUUUGUCUGUUUUUCUUACGUCAUUAGUGUGUCUGUAUAUGUAUAGCGAUAUUGUAUUAGUUGUGUAUAAAGCAGCAUAAGAAACUCUUGAAAACAUAUGUAGUAUUUACGCAUACUAGUUCAAUUUGUAGCAUUGUCUUAGUGUUAGUUGAGUUUUGUUUACCAAAAAUUAUAAAUAUACGAUGAAACAAAUAGUUUAAGAGCAAGUUAAAAUAAACCGCUAAACUUAAGUUGAAGUAAAUUAAAUGAGAAAGUGGAGUUGCAGUUGAAAAUAUAAAAAAAUAAUAAAAAAUUAUUUAUUUGCUUAUUGCAAGCAAAAAUUGUUAAGAAAUAAAAAAAUAAAUUUCUAAGCACUUUGCUAAACAACUCUCAUUGCUAAAAUAGUAGAAGUCAACUAGUGAUUUAAUUGAUAAGUGUUGUGCUACUGCGCUAGCAUAUACGCACACCCACACACACGAGUACUGUAAAUAUUUAACACAAAUCAGACACAUACAUACAUAAAUAGUUAAACAUAAAACAGCAAGAAAUCCUAUAUUUUCACAAGUUCGAAUUUAAUUACCAUUAAUAAAUAAACAUUUCAUUUGAAAAUGCAAAAAAAUAUAAUAAUUAAUUUAAAAAUGAAAAUAAAAUGUAUUUAGCUGUAAGUGGGAAUGAAAUAUUUAAACAAAAAAACAUAAAAAUGCAUGCGCUCUUAUGUGUAUGUAUGUAUAUGUGUUUGUAGUUCUCAGCAGAAUGUUGAUUAGCAUAAAAACGUAUUCAAAACAAGGCGCAAAAGAAAAAAAAAAAUAAUAAAAAUAAAUUUAUUGUAAUCAUAUGUAGUUGUACAACAACUGCUAUUCCCAAGUCCCUCCCAAGUAGAAGCGCUUGAAAUUGCUACAAAGUGAAUUGAUUAAUUUUUAAAUUAAAAGAAUUGUAUAAAGGAUUUAAAGAGUCAUGAACAGGAAUUGUUAAAUAAAAAAUUAAUAAAUUAAGUAACAAAAAGGUAGCGAAGUGUUUGGAAAUAUCGAUGAAAACUUAAAAAAAGUAAAAAUAAA